AUGACCAAGGUCGUGGACUCAUGCCCGCCAGUGCCAGAGGACGCUGAGCGGUGGCAGCAGAACCGUCUCCUCACCGAGAAGCAGAAGAGGCGCAAGGACAAAGAGAUGGCGAGGAAGAAGAAGAAGGCCACCAAGGAGCUCCAUUGGCGGCGGUGGGGCAAGGUCGUUGCCGCCCCUUGGGACUUCGUCCUGCCGCUGGCGUCGAAGAAGGUGCUACGGGUGUCGACCACCUCCGCGGGGCGAGCCGCGACCCUACCGGCGGUGAGCGGCGGCGUCGCUGGGGAGACCGUGGAGCCUACCGCGAAGGCAGCCCCUCCGGCGGCAACCGGGGGAAGGGUGCCGCAGCCAGGCACGGGGCAGGGUCCGACCCCUGCUCCGCCUUUUGCCUCUGCGGUCGACCCUGCGGGACAAGGUGUUGCCCCCAAGGUUCCUCCGGCUAGCGAGGUGAUAGACCUCGACGAUGAGGCGGAGGGGGAGCCCGUGGGGGAGGCAUUGGCCGCGGAGGGGGCUCCGAUGGUGACAGCAGAGAUGGUGGCGGAGGAGAUGGGGGCAGUUGCCCUAGUGGCUGCGACAGAGAUGGCGGCGACGGAGGAGGAGGGAACGUCCCCCUCCCCCCCGGCCGCGACGGGGACAACGGCGGUGGUGGAGGCAGGGACGCCUGCCCCAGCAGCCGCGACGAAGGCCGCGGCGGCGGCAGGAAUGGGAACGCCCGCUCCGGCGGCCGCAACGAAGAUGGUGGCAGCGGCGGAGAGAGCGGGACGCGCGUCGGCAUCGACGACGGCCGUGGGGACUCCGACAGAGAUAGCGGCACAUGCGCCGGGGUCAUCGACGAGGCCGGCAGCGUCAGGGGUGGUGGCGCCUUCCCCUACGGCGGCGUCGGGGACGGUAGUGCCGGGGUUGACCAGAGCGGCUUCCACCCUUGUCCCGGUCAAUCCCGUCCCCAAGGCGUGGGGUUGGAGGUCCCGUGAGGACCCAAAGAGACCCCUCUUCGUGCUGGAUGAUGCCAAGGAGUGGGGCAAGUGGCAGGCGGUGCAGGACGGGCUUGCAAAUGUUCGCGCUGCCCUGUCUUCUGCGAUGGGGGAGCUGGACGGUGUCGGUGUCCCCGGUGGCCAGGCUGCUACCGAGAAGGACCUCCAUGAUGCUGAGGAGCUCGCACGGCUGAAGGGGGACUAUGAGGCCCUCCAGAAAACCGUCGAGUGUAUCCAGCGCGAGCGGCAGAAGGCUUGGCAGGAGCGGGACUCCGAGGCGAUCCAGAAGGCUGAGGCAGAGAAGAUAGUGGCCGAGCUCGAGGCGGAGGUCAGUCAACUCCACGUACUUUUGUGGACGGACCUCACAGACGAACUCGCCCGGCUGAGGGAGAUCCUCGAUGUGGAGCGCGCCAAGCACGACAACCUGCGGGACGCGGUCCGCGUUGUUUGUGAUGGCCUUGGCGUGGUCGAGGGGGAAGGGACGAGUUCGUUGGCGGCUCGUGUCCUUGGGGCGUACCGGCGGGCUCGUGAGAUCGCUCAGGAGGCGCUUCACGUUGGCGUGAGGCGGGUCUUCGGCGUCUUCGGCUCCCACUACUCCGGAAUCAACUUCGACGGGAUGAGCGGGGGGUAUGCCUCCAGCUACUCAUAG